AUGNACACUCAAUCACAAUAUGAUAGUCAAGUAGAGAUCCAAAGAUUAAUCUCCCGAUUAGAAACAGAUGGAAUAUUUGAUAGUAGAAUCAUUGAAAAUCUUUCACAAAUUGCUAUGAAAGAAGGGUUUGAAGAAGAUAUAAUAUUAGAAUUGUUUAAAAUUAUAUUUGAUAAAUCACCAUCAACUUCCAUUUCACUUAGACGUAAGGAAUUCAUAAUAGACAAUGUAUUAGCAUUAAAAGAGCCAAUUUCUAUUACUUUAUUUUGGCAGAUCAUUAGUAAUAUUGGUACUAAUGAAAUCUAUUAUAAAGGUCAACUACGAUUUGAAACAAUGAAAGUCCCAACAUCACUUCAAAUUCAGAUAUUAAAUUGGUUAAUUGAUAAUUUUGAAUAUUUUAGAGUCGCAUUGAUUCAAUCAGGUAAUCUUGUACUUUCUUUACUUAUCAAAACAUUAUCUUAUGAGUUUCUGAGAGUUCAAAUCUCAAGAUUAAUAGUGUUGUUAUUACAAGAGAAUAUUGAACCGGUUAGGACAUAUUUCAAUCGAGAUACAUAUCACCAAAUAACACUAUUGAAGCACUGGCACAUUCAAUGGGUAGUUGAUCUUUAUGAGAAAUUCCCAUUGGAUUUAUAUUUACAAGAAUUAUUGGCAUUUUUUAGAGUAGUUGAUCCUACUAUUGACUAUAUUGCAUAUACCCAUGAUGGUUUCCAAACCCUUAAUCGAUUAAAGAGUAAUGAACGACAUCUAUUUGCCGAUUUCAUGGACCGUCAAGAAGCCGCAGAAGAAGAGGAAGAAGAUGACCGUGAAUUUAACACCGAUGUAAUGCUUGCCAAUAAAAGACGAAAGAAAAUGUUGAGAAGAAGCAGAGAUGAUGUAUAUGGAGCCAACAAAUCAUUGCUUCUAUUGGAUGAUAUAUAUAAUAUAAAUCCAUAUUCAUUAUUCCGAUUACCAAAACAACAAGUGAAUAAAGUGUUACCAUUGGUAUUUCAAUAUGGCAAUACUAAUUUAAUUACCAGAUUAGAUUCAUUUGUUAGAAUAAGUUUAUCUGAUCAAUUAUCGAGCAAAUCAGAAUAUGAAGAUUUCAUAAAACAAAUAUCAUAUAUUUUGCAUACUGGUGGAGGGACAAUUGAAUUCCCUCUGGUGACCGAUUUUGUAUUGCAAAGAAGUGUCACGAAACGAGAGUUCUUAGAAACGUUACCGUUUAGAUAUGGUUUGUUGAAGUAUUUAAAACAAAUUGACAUUUCUGAUCUAUCCAAUACCAUUGUUCAAGAUAUCACUAAAUUACUAGAUAUUAAACAUCAAGUAACAGAAGAGAUCUCCACGGAAUUUCUCAAAAGCUUGAUCGAUUAUUUUGAUUAUAAUCCACUAGAUGAACUGGAUUCAGGCGACGAUAUCAAUCUAAUAUUAUCAAUGAUAUAUAAAUACAUUCAAUCAUGCGAAGCCGCACACAAGAACCAAAUGAUCAGAUUAAUGACCGAAUUCAUCCAAUCAUUAGACAGCCCAGUCUUGAAAAAGCUCGACGAUCGUAAUAUCCUCAUACCGCAAUCAUUAGUAUAUUCACUGUUAUUGGAUGGAGAUCCAUUAUCAUUAUCGGACAUAUGUAAGCAUAUCCUGUUUUGUAAAUCCCAUAAAUUCAAACUACAACAAUUGAAAUCAAUCCAAAAUACAUUCACAAUGGAUACGGUUAAUUUCCUUUGGAGGGAGAAAUUCUUAACAUAUGAUGAAAUCCCAUCUUCUGCUAAUAAAGCAUUCUAUCUCCAUCCGGAAUUCAUCAACAAAGUGGGGUCACUACAUAUUUUUGAUCAUGAUUUCUUUACGACGGCGACAUUGGGUGGAUUGUUCACGAAUCCGGCAUUGGUGUACAUCGUGACUAAUAUAGUUUGGAAACUUGAAGAUAAUGCAGAUAUGAUAAAUACGAGACACGAAGGUCCAAUUACGAGACAGAGUAUUCGGAGAUUGAAAGAUAACGAAGGGGUGACAUGGUUGGAUUAUGAUUUUGAUGGGUUGAGAGUUAAGGUGUUACAAAAAUUGGAUGAGUUUGGGUUUGAUGGGAUUUGUGAAUUCUUGUUUAGUUCACUUAAAUCUCUUGAAGGUAAGAGAAUUAGGAGGAUUGGAGAAGAUUAG